AUGCAGCUGCCACCCUUUGACAUGUGGAAGGACUACUUCAACCUGAGCCAAGUAGUGUUGGAGCUGAUCCAGAAACGGGGGCAAAGCCUGGAGCCCCAAGAGAUUGACCAGCCAAGAGCCGGGACCCAGUUGGGGAAGGAUCAGCAGCUGAGGGAGGCAGGGGCCAGCGGGGGCGUAGCCGCUCUGUGCAACUUCUGCAAGCACAAUGGGGAGUCCCGCAACGUCUAUACCUCACACCAGUUGAAGACACCAGAGGGCGUGGUAGUAUGUCCCAUCCUGAGGCACUACGUGUGUCCUGUGUGCGGGGCCACUGGUGGCCAGGCCCACACACUCAAGUACUGCCCGCUCAAUGGUGGCCAGCAGUCUCUGUACCGCCGCAGUGGGCGCAACUCAGCUGGACGCAAGGUUAAGCGCUGA